AUGACGUACCAACUAGUAGGCGGGGUCCAAACCUGACUCCUGAAGGUGAACAUUAUGGCUGCUUCUGUAGUGAGAACUGUGGGGUCAAAUCUUGGGAAAAACCUGAGAGAAAUACGCUUACAUCUGUGUCAGACAUCCGAAGCUAGUCAGGGGGUCAGGAAUUUCAUCGAACAGCAUUAUGUGACUUUGAAGAAGGCUAACCCUGAGUUUCCAUUCUUAAUCAGAGAAUGUUCUGGAGUCAAAGCUAAACUAUGGGCCAGAUAUGAUUUUGGUAAAGAGAGGAGCGUACCCCUGGACAACAUGAAUGCAGACCAAGUUGUCAAGGCUUUGGAAGCAGCAGUCAAUGCCAAACCAUGAAGAUCCAUCAGAAAGUGGUUGUAGAUGUGGGCUCCUAUUAUAUAGACUUUACUGGAACAUAGUUUGUGUCAAUGUAAUGCAGUUGAAAUCCCAGUGCAUGUUAAUAAAAUUAAGUCCAAUUGUA